AGGCAAUCUUCACUGACUUCGCUCGCUGCUCAGGAAUUUUCCCGCUCAUUUUCUCGCGAUCCAAACAAUGGCUCCGAAGUCCGAUAGCGCUGAAGCGAUCGUGUUGAACUACAUGAACGAGCAAAAUAGGCCGUUGAAUACGCAAAACGUUGCGGACGCGUUGCAAAAGUUCAACCUGAAGAAGGCGGCGAUACAGAAAGCGUUGGACAAUCUUGCUGAUGGGGGGCGAAUUUCGUUUAAGGAGUAUGGGAAGCAGAAGAUAUACAUGGCGCGGCAAGACCAAUUCGAUAUUCCCAACAGCGAAGAGCUUAAUCAGAUGAAGGAACAGAAUGCCAACCUGCAGAAACAGCUGGAAGAACAGAAGAAGGUUAUUAGUGAGGUUGAAGCAGAAAUUAAAUCACUGCAAUCAAAUUUAACACUGGAACAGAUCUCCGAAAGAGAAAUAGAUCUCAGAAUGGAGGUUCAAGAAAUGCAGAGCAAAUUGGAUAAGUUAAGUGGAGGUGUUACGCUGGUGAGGCCUGAAGAACGUGAGGCAGUUGAGGUUAUGUUGUCAGAGAAAAUCACUCAGUGGAGAAAGCGUAAAAGAAUGUUCAAGGAUCUAUGGGACACCCUCACUGAGAACUCACCUAAGGAUCCCAAAGAAUUUAAGGAGGAGCUUGGAAUAGAAACUGAUGAAGAUGUUGGGGUGAGUUUGCAGUCAUACAGUGACCUGUUCCAACACGGUAAGAAGCGGCCUAGGGGGCAGUGAUAUAUUUAUUGCAACUCUGAAGUCUGACAUUCCUAAUUGAUAAAUGAGGAGAAUAGAUUAUUAGGUGUUCCAACUUCAUUGAAUAUCAUUGCAAAUUACAUAGUCUAUGUUUUUUAAGAAUAUACACCCAGUUUUGGGCUUACUACCCCCCCCCCCCCCCCUCUCCCAUACAAUUACUGGAACAUUAUCUCAGUGCAAUGUUAUUGUUCAUAUCUUAGUAUUGCCAAUGACAUAAAUCAUUAUUGUACUUAGGUUUUGAAAUUCAUAUCUGUUGAGGAAUGAUUAGUGACUUGAACAGGUUCCAGGAA